GCAUUUUGUGCUGAUUGGUGUCCGUUUAGUCAGCGGUUAAUGCCUAUCUUUGAAGAAGCAUCAGAUGUUUUCGUAAGAGAAAAUCCAAAUGCAAGUGUGGCUUGGGUUGUAGUAGAUAGUACUCUUCAGCCGAACAUCGUUGAUAAAUAUUUUGUUAACAAAUAUCCCACAAUGAAAAUCUUUAUUCAUGGAGAAUUAGUUCAAAAAGAAUAUAGAUCAACGCGAUCUGUUGAAGCUUUAACUGCAUUUGUGAAGCAGAAAUACGAAGCGACUAUGCAAGAAUUUGCAGACGAUGAUGAGUUAAAUCGUUUAAUGGAUAACUCAAAAAGAAAUUUCAUCGCAUAUGUGGUUGACAAAAAUAGUGUCGAAACAAGAAAUUUACAAAAAGCAGCAAUAAUUUUGCAAGACGAAUGUUCAUUUUGGCUCAGCACUAGCAAUAAAAAUUUAAAAGAGAAUUCAUUAUACUUCAAAGAUCCGGCUUUUAAUGGCAAUUUUUCCGACUAUACAGUUUUAAAGCAAUGGAUAAUUGAUAAGUGUAUUCCUUUGAUAAGAGAAGUUACUUUUGAAAAUGUUGAAGAAUUAACAGAAGAAGGAUUACCAUUUCUUAUAUUUUUCCGGAAUCCUGCUGAUAAAGCAGCAGACAAAAUGUUUACGGAAAUUGUCGUGCGAGAACUACGUGAUCAAAAAGCCGCAAUAAACGCUUUAUUAGCUGAUGGGCAUAAAUUCGCUCAUCCACUUAAACAUCUGGGAAGGACAGCUGAUGACUUGCCGGUAUUAGCAAUCGAUUCAUUCCAGCAUAUGUUUUUAUUUCCCAACAUGAGUGAACUUCAAAUACCUGGAAAACUUCGUCAGUUUAUCGAGGAUCUCCAUUCUGGAAAGCUGCAUCAAGAUUUUCAUGCAAAUUACGAUAAAAAAGUGGCGGAAAUUAAUAAGUUUCUGGACGAAGAAGACGAAUAUGAAGAAUACGGUGAGAAGAUUACGUCUACUACAGAAAAAUUUCCACAACCAACUCCACCCCCAUCAGUUUUCAAAAAUUUGAAACCUUCUGAUAAACGUUAUUCGUUGUUACAUAAAACUGAGCUGUGA